AUGGCGGCCGACGAAUUGAUCAAAAAGCUUGAAUUAGUUCCAUAUCCAAGCAUCGUUUGCAAGAAUUUUUACUUCAAGGAACUCUAUCGCUCCGAUUUAAAAGUGAAACCAUUAUCAGACGAGCGCGAAGAACGAAAUGCCUUCACAACCAUCUAUUUUCUGGCCAGGGAAGGCGAGUACGGCCUGUGGCGGCGAUUAAAAUCGGACGAAACGUUUUUCUACCACAAAGGAAACCCGAUGCGAAUUGCUGUUAUCAAACCUGACGGAAAACUGGAGGACAUUUUAGUCGGAGACAAAUUACAGAACGAGCAAGCAAGAUAUAACUACACUUUACCUGCAAAGUCCUGGUUUAAUUUCUGUCUCUGGCAAGGAGAUGCAGAUUAUGGUUUAUUCAGUGGAGCCGUUGCGCCUGGCUUUGACCAUGAUGAUAUAGAAGUGGCAGACCUGGCGAAAUUAGUCGCAGAAUUCCCCCAGCAUAAAAAUAUCAUCGAAGAAUUUACUAACAAAUAG